AUGGAAGAGAAUAAGGUUCAAUAUACAGUACUCAACCCCAAGUCGAUCACAAUGGGCCAGCUGUACGGUCAGUUCGAUCCAGUCUCUCACGAGUGGUCGGAUGGUGUUCUGGCCGUCUCGUAUCGUGCCUUCGCCACCUCGACGACACCCGAUCGGAAGUGGCUGAUAUUUGACGGACCAGUUGAUGCUGUCUGGAUCGAGAAUAUGAACACUGUGUUGGAUGACAACAAAAAGCUCUGUUUGAUGUCUGGUGAAAUCAUCCAAUUGGCGCCAACUACCAACCUGAUCUUUGAGCCCAUGGAUCUGGAGGCGGCGUCGCCGGCCACUGUUUCCCGUUGCGGCAUGAUUUAUUUGGAACCAGCCAGUCUGGGCUGGCGUGCUUUGAUGCGAAGUUGGAUGAACAAACUGCCAGUCAACAUUAAAGCUGCCCAAAAGCAGGUACUGGAAGAUAUGGCGGAGCGAUUUGUCGACGCUGGGCUGGCGACGGUGCGCAAGGGUGGAGGUCGUGAGCUUUCUCCAACCACUGACAUCAAUCUGGUAAAAUCACUGAUGAAUAUGAUCGAUUGCCAUCUGGAUGGCUUUAAAGAAGAGGGCGCGCUGGAUGCUUUAGAGGAGAAUGGAAUCAACACUUUGGUUGAGGUAAGCUUCUUAUUAAUACAAGUUUAUGUAUAUUCUGUGUUGUUUAUUUACAUGAUGCAGCAAUCACUUUCACAUGAUUUUUAG